UCCAAUGCGCUUGUAUUGGUGCGCUCCUCGAAUUGGACCAAUACGAGCGCAUUGAAGUAAAAAGGAGCAAGUUGGGGCAUGCGACGCGAACAAACCUAAAGAUGCACCUGCAUCGGCUGCAAUAGUUAUUGGCUCAUGUAUAUAGCGUUAUCUGUACGAACGGAAAUCCCCUCUUUCAUUGAAACGUUAUAAUAUAUUCACGAGACUAUAAACAUGUGCACGCUUUUACAACUUUUAAUACUUGACAUUUUCGUUACUUUGCAAAACUCAUAUAAACGUUUAGACUAACUAGACGUUUUACAUCUUGACGUUUCAUCUAACAAUUUUCUAUUAUGGCAAUGAAUAGAAAUACCACAGUGGAUCCUGACGAUGAGGAUUGCACAGCAUUUUCAGUAGCACCAAUAUUUAAGCUACCAUUAAUUCGAACUCCACCUGAUUUAAAAAUUGCAUUGCAAAGACAUUUGCAGGAAGAUAAUAACCUUUCACAAAAAUGUCUUGAUUAUAUAAAAUGCAUUAAGAGUUUGCAUACUGUACAAAGGCUAAAUUAUGAUUCUUAUUUAAUUAUACUAAAAAUAUGCUUAUAUUUAGAGCAGUUUGAAUUAGAUUGUGAACUGAGCCGGUACAAGUUGUUAAAUCAUAAAAUUAAGAACUCCAAUUUAAAUGGAUGUUUCUUAAUUGAUUUACCAUAUAUAAAUAAGGAAACUCCUAUAGUUGUACCAGAUGAUAAAGUGUAUCUUACUGAAACUAUUACAAAAAAAACAAUUUGCGCUAGAGUUUUGAAGAUAACAGAAAAUCAAAUAACAAUACAACCAGAGUUUUUGAAAAAAGCAAGAAUAUUCAAAGACGAAAACAAGAGGUUUAAUAUAAAUUUUAGGAGUAAAGAUUAUUCAUUAAAAUGUUGCCAUUAUGCAUUGAUGAUAAUGAGUGAAAAACACAAUUUAGAAGAAAUUAUAUAUCCUAAACUCAAAAUAAAUAAUACAGAUUUAAAAGACGACAUUAAAUGGAUAAACACUAAGAUAGAACAGAAUGAAGAACAAAAACAAGCGAUAAGGAAAAUCUUGUAUAAUACUGCAUACCCAGCACCUUAUAUAAUUUUCGGUCCUCCAGGCACUGGGAAAACAGCAACAUUAGUCGAACUUAUAUGUCAAAUUGUAAAACAUUAUCCCAUGAAAAACAUAUUGGUAUGUGCAACAUCUAAUGCAGCAGUUGAUGAAAUUACCAAAAGAUUAAUUGACAAUGUGCCAGCAAACAAAGUGUAUCGAAUGUAUGCAGCAUCUAGAUCAUGGGAAAAUAUAGAUCAAACUAUACGACCAUGUGCAAAUUUUGUUGACAGAAAGUCUCUCUUUUUGCCAAAAGAGUUAUUGUUAUUUAAAAAAAUUAUUGUUACAACAUUAAUAACGUCCAUAAGAUUGAAUGCUAUAAAUUUUAAAGAGAAUCAUUUUUCUUAUAUAAUCAUUGACGAGGCGAGUCAAGCGAUUGAACCAGAGAUGUUAAUUCCCUUAACAAUAACACAUCAAAAAAAUGAAAAUGAAAGGCCUGAGCACUUUGGAGCACAAAUCGUUAUUGCAGGUGAUCCUUACCAGUUAGGACCUCGCGUUCGCUCCAAAUGGAGUAAACAUUUUUUUGGAAUAUCUAUGUUGGAAAGAUUAAUGAACGAUUGUCAUCCAUAUAAAAAGCAAAAUGGAAAGUAUAAUCCGAAUUAUAUAACAAAAUUAAUUAAAAAUUACCGUAGUCAUGAAAAAUUGUUAUAUGUACCAAAUAAACAAUUUUAUGAGAAUGAAUUGAAAGCCUGUGGAAUAGAUAAACAUAUAAAUUUGAACUGGUCAAAGGUACCUAAUAAAUUAUUUCCCAUGAUAUUUCAAGAGGUUCUAGGCAAAGAAGAGAGAAAUCCAAAUGGAAGUGUCUUAAACACUGCUGAAAUACUAGUAGUGAUAGAAUAUGUGAAAAUACUGCUUAAAUCGAAAUUUGGAAAGCAUAUGAUAACGCCGAAGGAUAUUGGAAUAGUAACACCUUUUAAACAGCAACAGAUACAAAUCGUUGAAUAUUUAGCACAAAACCAAUUGGAAAACAUAACUGUGGGAACAGUUGAAACAUUUCAAGGGCAAGAACGAACUGUGAUAAUAGUGUCAACAGUACGAUCCAAAAUUUUUGAACAUGAUGGUGAAGAACACAUUGGUUUCUUAUCCAAUCCAAAAAGAUUUAAUGUUGCCGUGACACGUGCAAAAGCACUUAUGAUAAUAAUAGGCAAUUCAAAUAUUCUUUGCACAAAUAAGCAUUGGAAGGCACUUUGGGAAUAUUGUAAAGAGCAUAAUGGGUGUAUCCCAUUCAACAAGUCCCCAUUAAAAUCAGAUGUGAUAGCCAAAUUAAAGAGUGAUUAUGAAACUAAUGAAAAUAAUAAUCGUAACACAAAUGAGACGAAAAUAUCUGUUACUGUAAAACUUGGUAAAAACAAAAAGAGGAAUUAUCCAAUAUAUUAGUGCCUGCAAUGGAGAAAAAAUUAACACUAACGUAAAAAUAAGAACUGAUUGACAGUUGUGUCUUUAAAAACAUUAUUACACCGAACAAUUGAAUUUAGUAUUUAUAUCUUUUUACUAAUAUCUUAUUUCGUUUUUUAAGUGCGUUUCUCGAAACGUACAACCAACUAUGUUCAGUAUUAAAUUACAUUUUUGUGAUAAUUUAAUAUCCCUCUAAUAAU